AUGAAGCCAUACUUUCGAGUUCUUCAACAAGACGCACCGAUAGCGACGGCGACUUCGGAGAGGCUACAGUUAUCACAGAACCUUCAAGAAGCACUGCAUACGCUGCAGGAUCAGAACCUGGACACGUUCGAUGACUGGGAGUUCAACCAGGAUCUUGAUCACCCAUAUCCGGGAUUUUAUCAAUUCAAACAUAUCUUCACCGGCCCCUUGGCACAAGCACUAGAGCCACAACAACAGGAGGAGCUCAAGGUACUAUCUGAUUACAUAACUGAGCGUCUAGCUCUGGAUGAUGAGGAGCUGGAACAGCUGUCAGCUACGGGGUGGAUCAGCCAAAGAAGUUGGCCGAUGCUUUUCCGACCAAACGAUACAGUAGUCACAAUGGGUGAUGGCGAAUACCGCGCGUUUGUUGUGAGAUCAUGCCGUCAACGCAAUGCAAACACAUUGGAAAUGGACUGCUGGACUUGGGAGUACGAUGGCAACUUCUUUCGAAAGCACACUACAAUGCCUGUCAAAUGGCCAUCUAAAUUGAACCGGGUGGAGAUCAAGGACCUUUCCGUGUAUCCUAUUCGCCACGCAGAAGACGGGGUUCAAGCUAUGUUGCGCAUGCGCGGUAACACCUUCUGGAGUUGCCGACGACGGAAGUACGCCAAUCUGCGAUACAUGGUCGAUGCCGAAUUUUACAAGUUAAUGCAUCGCCGUGCCAAUGACCCGAUAACCCGAAGCGAACUGAGUAAUGACGAGUUGGAAAACGAUGAACCCCCAAGCGAAGCAUUCUUACUCAUGUUACCCGCGACUAUCAAAGGCUAUGGCUUUCACAACAAACAAUGGAAUCUAUUACUUGUGGAACAUAUACGAGACAUCCAGUGGAACAGCGAAGUCUUCCAACAGCGCUUAGUUUUGGAUCAGGACAAAAAGGAUUUGGUGGAAGCUCUCGUUACGGUCCAUGUCGAAAAGAGCCGCGACGUCAAGACUGACUUCAUGAACGGAAAAGGUGAAGGGCUCAUUAUGCUGCUACAUGGCGGACCAGGAACCGGUAAAACUCUUACAGCUGAGAGUAUCGCUGAGCUCGUGCAACGUCCAUUGUAUAGGGUGACAUGCGGCGAUAUUGGCACCGAUGCUGAAAGCGUUGAGAAAUAUCUUGAAUCUGCCUUGUCUAUUGGAAGCACCUGGGACUGCGUCGUUCUUCUGGACGAAGCUGACGUGUUUCUUGAAGAGAGGAAUAAGAUGGAUCUCCAGCGCAACGCGCUGGUCUCUGUGUUCCUGCGCGUUUUGGAAUACUACGAUGGGAUAUUGAUCUUGACGACAAACCGCAUCGGCACCUUCGACGAGGCUUUCAAAUCUCGUAUUCAGCUUGCGCUUCAUUACCCGCCUCUUGACAGCAAGGGCCGUUGGGAAGUCUGGAAUAACUUUGUUGAUUCCCUCUCGGAGGCUGGAGAAGACAUGAACGCCGAAGAGAUCGGACGGAAGCUUAAAAUCCUUUCGCAACACAAACUCAAUGGACGACAGAUUAGAAACACUAUCAACACCGCUCGCCAACUAGCACGGUUCAAGAAGGAGGUUUUGCGCUAUGGACACUUGGAAAAGGCAGCCAGAGUGAUCAACGAGUUCGAAAAGUAUGUUACAGACGUACAUGGUCAUGACGAUGAGGAGUAUGCGCGAGAUCAGGGUUUGAGAAACGAUGAUGCGUUGCAGGUAGACUGA